GCUCCAUCGACGCUGCAACACUUCGCCAGUGUGUGUGCGUGUGUGCGUGUGUGUGUGUGUGUUACUGCCCUACUGACAGAACAUUCCACAUCCAGCAUCCAUCCAGGAAGGAAUCCUAUUCUUAUCUUUGUCGCUCCCUCUUUUCCAAAAAGACGCCAUGUCUUAUCAAGGCAAAAAGAACAUCCCGAAGAUCACGAGCGACCGGCUUCUUAUCAAAGGCGGCAGGAUCGUGAAUGAUGAUCAGUCCUUCCAUGCAGACGUCUACAUGGAGGAUGGCCUCAUCAAGCAGAUCGGUGACAACCUGAUCGUGCCUGGCGGAGUGAAGACCAUCGAGGCCAACGGCAAGAUGGUGAUCCCCGGCGGCAUCGACAUUCACACCCACUUCCAGAUGCCAUACCGUGGGACCACCACUGUGGACGACUUUGCUCAGGGCUCCAAGGCAGCGCUCGUUGGCGGCACCACCAUGAUCGUCGAUCACGUGAUCCCAGAGGCAGGAAGCAGCCUGAUGGAGGCCUACGACCAGUGGAGGCAGUGGGCUGACGAGAAGGCCUGCUGUGACUACUCUCUCCACGUGGACAUCACCCACUGGAACGACAGCGUCAAGCAGGAGGUGGAAAACCUGAUGAAGGACAAAGGUGUAAACUCCUUCCAGGUCUACAUGGCGGAUAAGGACUACUACCAGAUGAGCAACAGUGAGCUUUACGAGGUGUUUAGCUUCUUGGCAGAGAGGGGAGGUGUUGCUCAGGUCCACGCUGAAAAUGGAGAGAUCAUUGCAGAGGAGCAAGCACGGAUGCUGCAGAUGGGAAUCACUGGACCAGAGGGACACGUGCUGAGUCGGCCAGAAGAGCUGGAAGCGGAGGCCGUAUUUCGGGCCAUCACCAUCGCCAGCCAAACCAACUGUCCCCUCUACGUGACCCGCGUCAUGAGCAAAAGCGCCGCAGACCUCAUCUCGCAGGCCCGUAAAAAAGGGAAUGUUGUCUUCGGGGAGCCGAUCACGGCCAGCCUGGGUACGGACGGGACGCACUACUGGAGCAAGAACUGGGCGAAAGCGGCUUCCUUUGUCACGUCGCCGCCUCUCAGCCCUGACCCUACCACCCCGGACUACCUGAACACGCUCCUGUCCAGCGGAGACCUGAGCGUGACGGGCAGCGCUCACUGCACCUUCAGCGUGGCUCAGAAGGCCAUCGGCAAGGACGACUUCACUCAGAUCCCCGAGGGAGUUAAUGGGGUGGAGGAGAGGAUGGUGCUCAUCUGGGACAAAGCUGUGUCUACAGGCAAGAUGGACGAGAACAUGUUUGUGGCGGUCACCAGCACCAACGCCGCCAAGAUCCUCAACCUGUACCCACGCAAGGGUCGGAUCGCCGUGGGUUCUGAUGCCGACCUGGUCAUCUGGGACACGGACGCCGUAAGAACCAUUACGGCCAAGACACACAACUCGACUGCAGAGUAUAACAUCUUUGAGGGCAUGGAGCUGCGUGGAGCUCCACAGGUGGUCAUUUGUCAGGGCAAGAUUGUUCUGGAAGACGACAACCUACAUGUGACUUCCGGCGUGGGUCGCUUCGUCCCCUGCUCGCCAUUCCCAGACUAUGCCUACAAGCGCAUCAAAGCCAGGAAGCAGCUAUCUGUCCUAAGAGCAGUGCCCAGAGGAAUGUACGACGGCCCUGUGUCCGAAUUCUCCAUGUCGCGUGGCGGCACGCCCUCGGCCUCGGCUCGCACAUCGCCCACCAAGCAGCCUGUCAGAAACCUGCACCAGUCUGGAUUUAGUCUAGCAGGUAAAGCUGCACCUUACGGUCCCCCCAUCCCUGACGACCUCCCCAUCAGGCCUGCUGGUCGUCGCAUUACAGUGCCCCCUGGUGGCCGUUCCAACAUCACCUCCCUCAGUUAAACACCUUGUCUCCCCAGGUGGACUUCAGGUGCGCAUUCAGAGCCCAAGAAAGUGUGUCAGAGUGGGGGUGGGUUUGUCAUCAAGGAACAUUACUAAUUACAAACAACAAAAUGCCUUACCUGUCAUAACCCAGACUUUUUUUUUGUCAGUUUUAUUCGUAUUUGGACUAGAAUGAAGCGUUUAAGAGAUGUCUUUUUAUUUAAA